AUCUAGUCACGCACCAAGAUUUUUUUCCUGCCGUUUCAUUGCACUACAGCCGUGAAGUUUUACCUCAAGAGUCAAGAGCAAACCGGGCGGUUUACAAAUGGACCACCUGGAUGGAAAUGUUAUAAGUAGAAUUUUGGUUAACCGCCAGGCAGUUCGCGUCGUCAAAUUUGUACCUUCAACGGACAGAAGCAUUGGGCUAGCUGGACACGCAGCCAUGAGCAUCGGUCUACUGCGGCACCCUUGUAAUGACCUCCACACGACAACCCCAAGGUAUAGCAAACACCACUUGGGAGUGGCCAUUGGAUUCCGCGAGGUCUCGGUGGCGGUCUUCGCCCACGGACAACGACGCGUCCUGUUCGCUUUUCGCGCAGUGGCCGCCGGCGGCGUUGGCCUCACCCCAUGGAUUUUUGGUGACGAAGCGGUUAACCACCAAGCCGACGCCGGCUGCCGACCGCCCGUCUCCAUCAAACGUCUGCUGCUAGAGUUCACUUACGGUGUGGCGAAGUCGGAUGUAGUGAUAUCUGAGAUGUUAGCUAAGCUGUUCGCCUACAUCCUGAAUGCCCUGAAAAUCAAGCGCCGGAAGAGUCUCCGCUGCGUGGUAAUGGUGCUGUCGCAUGGUCUCCAUGCUGUCACCGUUAUCCGGCAAGCGGUGGUGGACGGGUGGCGGAACAACGGAGUUCAGAAUGUCUUUUGCAUCCUGGACACCACGGCCGCUUUGCUGACGUACACCUUACUGGCGCUGAAACAAGAAUCCGAUGGUCAAAGCGCCACCGAGGGUGAUUUGGACGAUCCCGAAUUAUUUGGGGCGGCGGUUGCUAGCAGUUUGGCGAGAAACACAUAUGUCGACCGACAGGUGCUUUUUCGACUGCAAGAAGGACUGGCCGUGGACAUGAGAAAAGCACUGGAAAAUCUGCUGCGGGAGGAUUCCGCCGUUUUGGCUCAGCCGGUGCGGGAUGUCGUCGACAUUAAUCGGCCGGACGCUGUACUGUACGGUGACUUGUUUAUGGGUAUGCUAGAGCCGGCCGUUGCGGGCGUCGGGAAUGGUCGUCCCGGUUGGCGUCUGCUACUGUCCGUGCACGAGAUCAACCGCUGCAAAGUGCACUGUGUCCAACUGGAACAUCUAUCGCAGGAAGACGGCCAGCCUGUGGAGUUUAUGUGUAUGAUGCUGGACGCCAAUGUGCGGAUCCAGUGGCGUGAAUGGCGGGACGGCUACACCUACGAGCAUCUGCAGCUGCAGGUAUUCUUCAAAACCCGGUACGCCGUUGGCCACACCACGUUAUUUUUUGCGUCCAACGAGGCCAAUAAAUAUGGGGCGUUUAUGGGGGAAUAUGAAGCGCGACGAACUGAAAUGCUCCGUGUAUUUCCUUCUGGCACUUACGCGAAAAGAUUUCUGAGUCUGAAGCGCCCUGCGCAUACGCGUAUAUGGCUUUCCUUUCCGGCCCGGAAAAAGCCGAGACAUACCAUGAAAAUCCGCAGAAUAAUUGGACAUUUUCCUGGAUCAUCACCGUACAUCGCUGCGCUGAUCGGGGUUUGGUGAUUAUCGCUCAGCUAAGCAAGCAAUGCGACGACAAGCAGUAUAUGAAUUCGUUCACAAUUACACGACCGGAGAUAAGUAAAGCGUCAGACCAAGCAGAUACGGUGGUUAUUUUCUUAAGAAAUCCGCUGCAGCCAAAUACAAAUUAUGCAUUUGGUCGGCUCAGCUUUUCUGAUGCAGCCACGUGUCAGGACUUUCUUCAAAAGUGUGAAUAAUAUCUUUAACGACUCAGAACUGACUUUGGCGCAGCAGAAGGUAUAUGUAUCUGCGGCUUUUUAGCAUUCAUAGCCUUAGGGUUUAUCUGGUUUUUGUGCAAGUUUUAUUCAUUUUAGCCGGAAACAGCGGUUUCCUGAGUACGUACGUACUUUUACUGAUCCGAUGAUCCGCAUCGGUUUUACUAAUGUAUGGUUACCAAACAGCAGUGGUUGUCCUGUCUACUUACGCAUAUGCGGCAAAAUAUCAAGUCUUACGCUGCAUAAACCAGAACAUAAACCAAUAUUUUACAGUAUAACAAAGAAGAACAUCAGCCUUGCCUUAUUCUGCGCAGCGCAAACUUGCACCUUUUAUGACUGAACAGUUACGAAUUUUGUUUGAGUCGAUCGUGUUAUGUUAUCGGAGUCGAAAGAUGUGUAAAAUAGAGCCGCUUUGCUGAAACAGUAACAAGUACAUGGUUUUGAAGUGAUGUACCAGAAACACAGCGUCGCGCACAAUUACUUAGACGUAUGUCGAUACUCAAUGGUAAUGUAUCUGUACAAGCUUGUCUGGUAAUUUCUGACGAUUCGGUACAGCGAUUUACACAAAUUUGCGUGUUACGCCAAACUUCACACUACGGCGCGCCACGCCACACUUUUUAAACACGUAGCUUGCAUGUCGCUGGCUGGUAGCUUGGUACACGCCAUAUAAUUAAUAAGAAUAAUAGUAACUGCCUGGCAGAAGGUGAGCCACCUAGAAAAUGGUCGGUGCAGUAAGCGACAAUCUGACUGCGGAGCGCACUUAAGGAAUUUGAUAAACGUAGUGAAGUGGCCAUCGUUAUAAGCGCAAAAUUCGCGCUAGCUGUACCUUUACGUAGGAAAUUACCGGACAAGCUUGUACGAGUACGAAUAAUGGUAAGUUAAAAAAUUAAUUAUGCAGGGGAAUUCAACUGCUGUGGUCGCCAGAGCGGGCCACAUAAGAGUGUUGUAUAAUUGCACUCCUACAUGAUGAUCUCGAAUACAUGCAUGUACACGAUACAUGAUACACGUACAUGAUGCAUGUACAUGUAUACUAUAAGGGGAAAAACUAGUCUACCCGAACCAACUCCUUGUACUGCUGUUUUAUGUUGUGGCCAAACAUGGCGGUUAUGUACCGCGCCUGAUUUAACCGUAUUUAUUCCCGUAACGUAACACUCCAGACGGGUGCCGCGGCAUCAAGUACAGGGAGUGCCGCAGCAGUUAAAUCCCCCUAUAAUUAUGACUCUGUCAUCCGGUGCAGUGCGCUACACGCUUACCGAAUACUGAAUAUGAGAGCGUGUGGCGUUUAAUCUUAAAUACAUAUAUUUGUUGCCUGUAGGUACUUAUUUACUGCGAUUGCGAUAAGUUGCUGCCAUGUGAAACUCGCUGAUCGAAAAGCUUGCUUUAAUUAUGUUCGGUCGAUGUCCUUACCCAUCUAAUAGAAAUACAAAUAAGUUAUAACUCACAAGAAACACUUGACAUUAAGGCCUAUAAGCACGCUGCACGCAGUACUAGGUAUACUAGGUACUACGCCCCAUCCGUGCAAUGCAACAGCUUAAACUUAUUAUCUUCGCGGAUGCUUGCUUGUACUUGUACGGUACUUGAUUAUGUAUGUGAUGCUUUGAUCUACAAGCUUCGAACUGUUCAUCGCAAACGCGGUCUACUUGGUUUGGUUCAAAGCGAAACUUCCGGUGCGCCAGUCGGUCAAAUUCAGGUUGAAUAAUUUAAGUAACAGUAAUUGAAAGUCCUAAUAAUUUCUCUGAGAAGAUAGUAGCGUCACUGUCUGACUUCCACCCAGUGCAAAAAGUUUCCCAGCAUUAACGUAUCGUGCGAACACAUUAUGCGAGACAUGCGGAAACAGUCUAUACAUAACGAGAGCCAGAAAAACAGCAGCAUGCGUUUAACUCAUGUCAUUCUUUUAUCAGAAUAUAUUUCAGAUUGCACGGUCUGUGCUCCAUUCGGCUCCGGUUCCAUAUGGAGCCUUCGGUUCCGGGUUGUUUUACGUCCGUUCGCGACGUUAGCAGCUGUAACCUAGCGUCGUGCGGUGACGCGUAAAAACUAUCUGCCUGCAACGGCCUGAUGUUUGCAACGGCUCAGACACAUGAGUGAAUGGCAGGCUAGCGUAUGCUGCUCGUUGACCUUUUUUGAGCAGUCAGACCGCCGACCGUUAGCAGGGUGCUCACGCUCUCGCGCGCACUCGACUCGAUUAAUUUUUUCGUUGCUGUACGUGACCAAAAUGUAACCGCACAAAGAUCUGAAGCAGUUUUCAUCCUCCCAACGCACUGCUUAUCUGACGCCGUGCGAUUCUACUCGUAUAUACGGAGCCUCUACCGUAUGCAGUCUGAAAUAGGCUAAUAUUAUUGCUUUUUGACGUUGCUAGCAAGCAAAGGCUAUGCAGAAAAUCUGCGAACAAGAGCAACUCUUCAGUAAAGUACUGCAUACAGCUUAGGACGUUACGUUCACUUCAGCUUAGGACUAAAAAGACGCAUAAUCCCAUCCACAGAAUUCCGAACGCUCGUGGCAAGUGCACUUGUACCACAACCGGAUAUUUUAGCUCAGUCGUACAGCGCACUGCGCCGCAUGCUUUCGGA